AUGUCUUCCACGGUUGAUCAUGCCCCGUUUAUUCCGCGCCCACGCGAAGAGCCGUCGACAACACAUCCGAGUGCUGCCCCUUCAGCUCCGAUGGGGUCCAGUCUUCCGCCUUUUGGCUCUGCCCCUGUGAAGCCGGCCGAGAGGCCGUCUCUCUUUCCGGGGUCCGGCACCCAUGCACCAGAACCACCCGCUGCGCCGCUGCCUGCAAAGAUCGCCGAGCUGCCUAAGCCGGUGGUUUCUGAGGCAAAGCAAAUUUCCGAAACCAAGCCGAUUGAGGCGAAGCCGGUUACAGAGGCGAGGCCGGUUGUUGAAGUAAAGCCGAUUAUCUCUGAACCCAAGCCAGCUACAAGUGCCGGCGCCUCGCUACCAAGCAUCUCCAACCUAGAUGCGCCGCCGCAGCCACCCAAGGAAUCCGCCGGAGAACCCCCCAAGCCUGCCACAACCAUUUCAGGCCCUGCCGUGCCGGAGAAGGCUACUGGAGCUGCCGCACCAGCUGCGGCCGCGCCUAUAAUGUCCACUCUCAAUAAGCCGACCGAGCCUGCGCCUGGAUCAUCAGCUCUCAAUAAAAGUGUUGAAGCUCCGGCUCCGGCCGCAGCUCCGGAACCUGCCAUGGCAAAUCUGUCUCCGCCGUCGUUUCCCCGGCCCGUCGAGGUCAAGUCAGUGCCCGACACGCCUGUCAACACCGGCACGCCCGCGGGUGGCACACCCCGGCCCGUUCUGGACAUUUCGCAAGAGCCGAUCCAGAAGUCCGAGCCUGCGCAGCCCGCCCCGACCUCUGCACCUGAGGUGGCGAAGACGGAUUCGUUCCUGAACGGGGCGACCGAGAAGUCGGUCCCUGCCACACCUACGCCCACACAGGCGUCCUCCGUUCCCAGCACGGCGGCUGGCCAAAAGCGCAAGUUUGAGGACGAAGCCGACGCGCUCAAACCGGAGCACACUGAAAAGAAGGCCAAGGCUGAUGAGCCGGCGAAGCCCGACUCCAAGGAUGGUGCUGCGCCUGCUGAUGCAGCGCCGGCACCGAGGAAGGUGGGCCGGCCGAAGAAGAGCAAGACGCCGGCGCCGGUGGGCCGUACGCAGCGCAAGACACGCAGCCAGGGCCCUGCGGAGGCGUCGCUUUAG